ACGACUUAGAUCAGAUGAUAAGCGUACGUGUCACGAACCCAGUUCCCCCAACUCGUCUCCCCUUCUAAAUACAAACCCUUCUGUACCAAACAAUUCCUUCUCCUCCCACGCACCACACACACAAACAAGUGAUGGCUUCACCACUCCUAACGCCCGCAACCAAACCCCAAACCCUCACCAUAUUCAAAACUAAACCCACAACCACCACCACUUCCGCCGUUCCAACGCCACAGCAGCAACAACAACAACCUCUUCGCCGCCAAUUUUUGUCCCUAACAGCUGCAAUUCUGACUCCUAAAUGGCUGUUCCCAGUGAAUCCAGCAUUUGCUUCAUCCAAUGAUGAAGAGUAUGUCAAAGAGACUGAACAAGUAAUCAACAAAGUCAGAACCACCAUCACCCUGGACAAGAAUGAUCCCAGUGUUCCAUCUGCGGUGGCUGAGUUAAGAGAGUCGUCAAACACCUGGGUUGCCAAGUACAGAAGAGAGAAGGCCUUGUUGGGCCGGGCUUCAUUUCGGGAUAUAUACUCGGCCCUUAAUGCUGUAUCGGGCCAUUACGUCAGUUUUGGGCCCACUGCACCAAUUCCGGUUAAACGUAAGGCAAGGAUUUUGGAAGAAGUGGACACCGCAGAGAAGGCCUUACAGCGAGGCAGAUAAGUAAAUUACUACUUUUAAUUUCGAUAUUAUUAACUCGUCCGAUUUUUAUUUUAUUUCGAGAAUUUGAGGCCAUAAAUCCGAUUCACUUUCUGCAUAGAGAUUAUUAAUAAUUUAAUAUAUUCGAAAUGAAUGAUUAUGUGGCA